AUGACGGACUAUUUUUCAAAAGCGGCAGCGCUUGCACAAAGCGCUGCCAAGUUAUCAAAAAAGAUGUCCGAGGGUCUAGUCGAGAAUGCUCGUGAAUUGGGCUUGGAGGCAACGUCUAGUCAGCAUUACUUUGACACUUCCGAGGAAAAAAUGCAACAUAUCAGAAAACAUUUGGAUUCAAGACACGAUAGAGAGAAAUUAGAUGGUCUAAAAAGAUUGAUUGCUAUGAUCUCAAAAGGCCGUGAUGUGUCAGAAUUUUUCCCAGACGUGGUAAAGAAUGUAGCCUCGAACAAUCUUGAAGUUCGAAAACUGGUCUAUAUAUAUCUACUUCGGUACGCAGAAGAAGAACCUGACGUUGCGUUGCUAUCAAUAAAUACUUUUCAAAAAGACCUCACCGACCAGAAUCCAAUUAUUCGAGCGAUGGCGUUGAGAGUUAUGAGUGGAAUACGAGUACCUAUGAUCGGUCCAAUCGUUUUACUUGCUAUCAAGAAGUGUAUCGUUGAUUUAUCGCCGUACGUCAGGAAAACUGCUGCUCAUGCUAUUCCGAAAUGUUACAGGUAA